AUGCGGCUUCUGGAAUCCGGCGAGUCUCUUCACGCGCCGCAUCUGCUUGAUCUUGAGAUCGCACAAGUCCUGCGUCGCUAUAUGUUGACCGGUGAACUGACGCCACGGCGAGGGAAGCAGGCACUUACCGACUUGGCCGACUUUCCGAUUAUUCGUUACCCGCAUGCCCUCUUCCUGUCACGCAUUUGGGCGCUUCGUCACAACGUCACUACCUGUGAUGCCGCCUACCUGGCUCUCGCAGAAUCGCUUCCUGCCCCGAAUCUCCUCAAUGUAAUCGUCGGUGUUUCCCCGCCCGCCGAGAAUGGCGCAGACACGGUCCACAGGAUGUUCUGCGGCCGGUCGUUUCCGAAUGAGCAAGCCCUGCUCGGUGGGCAUCAUCUCGACCUCGACGUUUGGAUUCAUCCCGAAGCGGUCCCGCAGGGGUUUGGGGAUGGUGAUUUGACCACGUUCGGAGAUUCGCAUGUUUACUCUGAUUCUGUCUGUUGCCUGAAUGUUCGGACUCCCUUGACAUUCAGGCCUGAAAACGGCAUAAAUAACUCAGUCUCACCUGCCAAGUGUAGGAGGAGCAUUCGAAGCCGUCCGGGAUUUUCCCGGGCGGCUUCAGCUAUUUUUGGUCAUCCGCUCAAGCACGAUGAAACUCGUCGCGUUCUUGGCGAAGCAGCCUGA